CCUCACACAAGGGAGAUCUCAUUUUGUUUGAGACUGGAUACAGUUGAAAACAAACCUCACGCCAAAAAGAGAGUAUGAUGGCUAAGAAGCCCCCGAAACCAGCCCCUCGCAGGAUCUUCCAAGAAAGGUUAAAGAUUACUGCUCUACCCCUAUACUUUGAAGGUUUCUUAUUAGUCAAGCGGUCAGAACACCAGGAAUAUAAACAUUAUUGGACAGAGUUGAGAGGAACCACACUUUUCUUUUAUAACGACAAAAAAAGUACAAUAUAUGUUGACAAGUUAGAGAUAAUAGACCUCACAUACCUUACUGAGCAAAAUUCAACUGACAACAAUUGUGCAAAAUUCACCCUUGUUUUGCCAAAAGAAGAAGUUCAACUGAAGACAGAGAACACAGAAAGUGGGGAAGAAUGGAGAGGCUUCAUUCUUACAGUAACAGAGCUGUCAGUUCCUGAAGAUGUGUCCCUCCUUCCUGGACAAGUAAUUAGACUUCAUGAAGUCUUAGAGAGAGAAAAGAAAAGGAGAAUCGAGACAGAGCAGCUCCCGAGCACAUCUCCGGAAAAAGAGGGGGAACCAAGUGAAGACUAUGUGGAUGUACUGAACCCUAUGCCCGCAUGUUUUUAUACAGUGUCUCGGAAAGAAGCAACUGAGAUGCUUGAAAAGAAUCCUUCAUUGGGGAAUAUGAUCCUGAGGCCUGGUAGUGACAGCAGAAACUUCUCCAUUACUAUCCGGCAGGAGAGAGACAUGCCAAGAAUCAAGCACUACAAAGUGUCAAAUGUGGGAAAAAACUACACUAUUGAACUGGAAAAACCUGUAACACUCCCAAACCUUUUUAGUGUCAUUGAUUAUUUCAUGAAGGAGACUCGAGGGAAUUUACGACCAUUUAUAUAUUCAACUGAUGGAACCUUCGAAACUGAAGGAUUGCCUGUAACAACUCUAAAAUAAGAAAAAAAAAAUUUUGGCUGGGGGGAAAUCCAGUAUAAUUUACCUCCGCCAUGGAUGAUACUGUGUUAGUUACCUAGCAUUAUGUAACAAACCACCUCUAAAACAUGCGGUUUCACAAACCACCCCAAAAACAUGGUGGUUAAACCAACAAAUCUUUUAUUUUCUCAUGAUUCUGUGCAUCAGCAAUUUGGGCUGAACCAUUUUCUUCAUGUGGUCCCCAAUCCUUAAGGAAGUUGGUUGGGGCCUAACACGAGAUCUCAGAGAAGGUGAGAUCUGCAUGUCCUUGGGCUAGAAAUUCUUAGUGUUGACAAUAAAGUUCAUCAAGUCCUCACUUAAAUUAUUGAGAGGUUAUACACUUUUAAGUGAAAGAAUGUUAAACAAAACCAAUUUUAUCAUAGGCUAAUUGAUACAAGAGUUAAAUUCCUACAGGGGCUUAUCAAUGUUGUAGCAAAACACUGAACUACAUUAUCUGAGGGCCUGCCUUCUUGGAGCUUUUAAAGAGGAGAAGCUGUGAAGUGACUGAACAAUCCCAGGAGUGGUAUGUUUGAUGUACAGGGGUAAUCUUUCUUUCUUUUAAAAAUAAUUUAAUUUACAUACAGCAACAUUUUUGGUGUCCAGUCAUAUUAGUUUUGACAACCACCACUACAAUCAAGAUAUGGAAAGUUCGAUCACCUCAAAAAUGCCUUAAUGCUCUUCCUUUGUAACUAGCCCUUUUUAUUGUCAGUCUCUGGCAACCACUGGUCUGUUUUCUAUUGCUAUAGUUUUGCAUUUUCCAGAAUGUCAUAUAAAUGGAAUCACAGUAUGGAAUCUUUUUUAGACUUAUUUCUUUCACUCAUAAUGUCUAGAUUCACACACGUACAGUAUGUAUUACUAGCUUGCUCUUAUUUUAAGGCUGAAUAGUAUUUCACUGUAUGGAAAUACCAGUUUGCUUAUCCACCCACCAAUUUAAAAAUGUUAGGGUAGUUUCCAGUUUUUGAUAAUUAUUAAUUAAGCUGUAUAAAUAUCAUUAUACACAAUUACUAGUGCCCAAGUGUCUGGUAGAGCAAAUGAAAAAUUUCUGUGGAGGAUGAAAAUUAUCAUGCUGGGCAUUGAAUUGUUUCUAUAAUUUUUCUUUUUUUUGUUCCUAUAAUUUUUCAAAUGUAAUACUGGCAUACGACAAAAAGUAGUAUUACACAUAAAAAUUUAAAAUAAGAAAUGAGGAUUAGUAGAAACAAAAGAAAAGUAAAAACAGAUCCAGAGAAUUUCAGAGUUUAGAAUUACUAAACACAUCUUCAGGUAUAUAAAAGAUUGAAAAUUAUGGCAAGGCAAUCGGAAACUGCAAGAGUGACAUUUCCAUACUUGCAAAUAGAAAUUUGAGAACUGAAAAUACAAAGGGCUAAGAAUAACCAAGAUACUCUUACAAACAAGCCAGGAGGACUAGUUCUGCCAAACAGCAAAACCAAUAUAUCAGCUAUAGUGAAGAUAGUAUAAAGCAGAAGUAUAGGACAGAAACAAAAAAUUCAGAAACAUAUACACACACAGAAUGCGGCAGAAGUAGGUUUAUAGCUGUUUAUAAAUAAUUAAUAAAUGAUAAUACAAUAAUUAUCAUUUAUCAUUAUCUAUGUUUUGUGUAAUUACAACCAUAAACCUACUUUUGCCACACACACACACACACGAUAUGUAUGGACAUCUGACUAUGGUGGCACUACAGAAAAGUGACACUACAGAAAAGAAUGAACUUUGGUAAGUGGUGGUGAGGCACUUCCCAGAAAACACAAUAUUAAUCCCCUGUGAAGUAAAAAUUUAAAUGGCAAAGGCAAAAAUAAAGCUUUUAGAAGACAAUAUAAAGAAGUACCUUCAUGACCUUUGGGUACAGAUCAAUUUUUUAAACUCACAAAGAACUCUAACCUUAAAACAAAAGAUUGAUACUUAUCAGUAUUUAUUAACAAAUUCUUUUUAUCAAAGAAUACCAUAAAGAGAAGUAAAGGCAAGCCAGAGUGGGAGGAAAUAUUUUCAACUAUAUAGCUAACAAAGAACAGGAUUUGUAAAGACCUUUUACAAUGAGAAAAAUGAGCAAAAGACUUGAAAAAACACUAUAAAAAAGAUCAAAGUGGCCAAUAAAUUUAUGAAAAUGUUAUCAAUUUAAAUGGUAUUUAGGGAAUGCAGAGUACAACUUCAAUGAGAUACACCACGCACCCACCAGACUAGUAAAAUUUUACUAAUAAGUCUGUUGUUAAUACCAGUGUUGACCAAGAUGUAGAGAAACAGGACAUCUCUAUUGCUCAGGAAGAACGGUUGUUAUCUAAUAAGAUUUAAGAUAUGGAUACCCUCUAUCCAAACAAUUCCAUUCCUAGGUUAUACCUUAUUUGCACUAGGAGAUACAUAUUGUAUUAAUAAUGUUCACUGGGUAACUGUAAUUGCCCCAAACUAAAAUCAUCAGACUUGCCUUCACUCAACAGAAUGAGCAAAUGAAUUGUGGUAUGUUAAUGCAAAGGUAAAUUAUGAAUGAAGAAUAACUACAGACAACAUGGAUGAAUCUUUUGUUCAAUGAAAGAAGCAGCCACAGAAUAAUACAGUAUGAUUCUAUUUACAUAAAGUUCAAAAACCAUCAAAAAGUAAAUAGUAUUCUUUAAGUACAUACAUAGGUGGUAACGCUAAAACUUGAGGUGAUUGCUUGGUGGAGGAAGGUAUAAGGGGACUAAAUGGAAUGGAAAAAAUAUAUAAUAAAGAUUAUACAUGAAAAAAAAACCCUAUCAAAUGGAACAUGGCUUCAAAUAAAAGAAAACAAACACACAAAGACAUAGUUAUCACGGAAGGUAGGGGAGUAUUACUGCCAGAAGGUAUGUGUGGGGAAGCUGGCUGGGAUUGGAAAGAGACUACCAGGGGGAGUUCCAGGCUGCUGUCACUGUUCUAUUGAUUUGAGAACAGUGACCUUAAAAUGAUUCCAUAAAACUGCGUAUUUACAUUUUAUGUACUCUUUUCAAUAUUAAUUUUUUGAAUUAAAAAAAAAGCUAGGACAAGGUGAGAGAAAAAUAAAUGCAAAUUACCUCAUUACUUACUGUGAUCUCCAAGACCUCAAUUUCCUAUUGAAUUAGUUAAAAGUAAAAUAACAAACUCACACCUAGUGAUUGUAUUUAAAUAAUCAUACAUUUAUGAUUGGAAUGAAUUUUUGACAGUAUUCAUUAUGGGUGAAUUUUUAGAUCAAGAAAACUAUUUUCUUUGUCUUCAUUUCACUAGUUUUAAAAUUGUGGAUUACGUUUGGGGUAAUUUAGAGGAACUUACCGGUAAGUUAACAUAACUGUUUUGAAGUCCAAAAUGGACUUGAAAAUCUGCAAUGAACAGUACAGGAUAUAGCAGGUCUAGGUUUUCACAUGGUCACCACCAUUCCCCCGCUGAUGUCUUAAUGGAAUUUCCAGGAGCAAAAAGCACUUUGUUGUCCCAACA